UAACUAUUUUAAAUGGUUAAGGGAGGAUAGCUGUUACUUUGCACAGCUUGACACUUACUGAAUGUUUUCUGUAUGAUUAUACUUUAGUAGCGGUAAAAUCCCCUCCGUAAAACAGGUUCUUACCUCAUCCCAAAGGUGUUGACUCCACAAGUGAUGAGUCAGUCAAGUUUCGAAAGGUAGACUGUACAGACAUUCCGAUAUAUUUUUAGGAGUUGGAUUCUUCGCCAAGCUUUAGUGUCGUCAGUCAGUAACGUUUGAACAAGAUGGAGGAACAGCCGGAGACCAAGUAUUGCAACAAUUGCAAACGAGACAUUCCAGCGCAGAAUUUCGUGAUGCACCAGUCGCACUGCCAGCGGAACAUCGUGCUGUGUGACCACUGUAAGGAGCCCGUGCCUCGCACUGAGAUGGAGGAACACUUUGAGGAGACCCAUGCCCAGGUCAAAUGCAAAUGUGGAACGUCAGUGGAAAAGUGCAAGUUGGAAGAGCAUGAGACCGAUGCGUGUCCACUGCGACCAGCCCAGUGCCAGUACUGUGAGAUAGACCUCUCCCAUAAGGACCUGGCCUCCCACUUGGACUACUGCGGCACUCGUACCGAGGAGUGCUUCAAAUGUCACCAAAGAAUCAUGAAGAAAGACGAAAUCCAACACGAGGCCUCCAACUGCAAGUACCCCGAACCCAAGCCCCUGUUGAAGACAAGCUCCGAAUCUUCGGUGCGAGACCUCCCGUCGCACUACCAGUACGGGAUUUUCAACCGUUACGCGUCCGAGUUCGACAUCCCCAUGGAGGCGGACUCGCCCUUUGAUCUGGAGCAGCCAAUCAGAUCGGUGGAUUCGGACCACUCCCUGAUGGUGAGGUCGCGGGGCACGAGAGCCCGCCUGGCCAACCAGGGGCCGGCGAGAAACCGGAUAUCGAGCGAUAGAGACGUUCCGAUGCCAGUGCCGAGGGGCAUGGCGCAGACGAAGAAGGGAGCAAAGAACAAGUCGACCAAUGUGAGCGCAGCGAGGGGCCGUGAUAUUCCACCCAGACGGGGCUCGCAGUCCCGACCUAGGAGAGACUCAGGUCACAGUGAUGAUUCGGACCCAGACUGGGUCCUGGCUAGGCACCUGGCCCACGACCUGUCCGACCACGAUGACCACGAGCUGGACACUCUGCUGGGGCUUGACCGCUCCUCGAACAACAACGGCAUGCUGCACACAGGAGGCCUGAUGCACAGUCCACCACUCAACAGGCCUCACCACAUGACAACAGCUGUCACCAACGGAGAUGACACUGCCCUCCCAUGUGAGUUCUGUCAGGAUCUGUUCCCUAUCGACAUCUUGAUAGAACACCAGUCUGGGUGCAACCCGUACCUAUCCCAUGCUCCUGUGAAGUAUGGUGGUAACCUGACCGCCCCCAGCACACAACAACCACCUGCUAACCAGGGGGACAACAGGGACAGGCAAAACGCAGGGUCUGGUCACCCCUCCGUCAUGGACAACUUGGGAUAUUCCUCUGUGGAGGACAGACUGAGGAGCAUUCCCCUAGACCCAAUUCCAGUACCAGACGAUGACGCCCCCAUGUUGCCGUGUGAGUUUUGUGGAACACUACUGCCUGCAGACUUUCUCAUCCAGCAUCAGUCUGUUUGUCAGAUGGAUGAUCUCAGGUCAGAGGCACCCACACCACGCCCCCCUGCACAGCUACCCCCCUCCGUGGCUUCCCCUGUCCGCAGACACAAACCCCCCAAGGACCAGUAUUCCGAGACCGGCCCAACAAGACGAGUCAAGAGACAAGGUGACCCUUCAGCAUCAUUUCUCUCAUUUGGAGACUCACCGCCCACCAACCACCGCAUCAAGCCAGUAGGGCCCAAGAAGAAUCCUGGCGGUACACGGCCAGGUGCCACAACCAUUACCAACCACUUCACCAGCCCACACCAAAAAAGUAGCACCAAGUCAUCAUCUAAUGUCAAAACGGGGCAAUUCUCGGAGCCACGAGAGGAGGGCGAAUCGCCGGAACUUGCGCCACGAUACCGGGCGAACAGUGCGGCGAGAACGAGAAAGACGCUAGAGUCGCUUCUUCAGGACGACAACAUGGCCACGUCCGAGAUUCUGGAUCGGAUGGAGGAGCACAAGAGACAGAAGGGGAGGAAAGGGGCAUGGGGAGAGGAAACAGAGAUAGAUUUAACCAUGGACGAACCAAAAGUGAAACCACAGCCUAAAAACAAGCCGUCCAGAAGGCUAGGGGGACCACAGCAGCCUGAACCUAUGCCUGGGUACCAGGCUAGCUUUGCCAUGGGUCCUGGGGCAUCGAGGUCAACCAAGGUCAAACCCACAGUCAAGUCUUCCUCAAGAUCCGUACCGAGUGAAGAAGGUACAGGUACAACCAAUGGCAGAAGGAGGACAGACAGUAAUGGUGCCAACAGUAGAACUAAGGCUGGCCAAUCCUCGCGUAGAAGGAUGCGUCACGAUGAAGUCUGACCGUGAUACAAGUGUUGCAGUAAUCUUUUCUCCAUAAGGCCCAGUGAUGACUGUCUGUACUACAGCUUCAGUGAGAAUGUUGCAUAAUGAACUUCUGUACUUUGUUGUUCACAGACAUGCUCAAGCUGGUACUAAGUACAUGUAUCUCAUUGGACAGCACCAAAUUGCAUCAGGUAUUUGCAAAGUGGCGCCAACCCAUGCAAGGUGGCUCGAAUCAGUGUACUUUGUCACCUAAAGUGGUGAUGUUUUUUGUAGAGGUCACGUAAUAUCCCUUUUCAUUGCACCCACGUGUGAUCGCAAAGGACAACUGGCAAAAGUUUGCAAAGUUGGAACAGUUUCCUAGUGUAAUUUUACACUGUCCUGUGAGAAAUCUACUUUUAAUAAAUUACUGUUCACAGACAUGCUUAGGAAUGCUGUGUGAUCAUGAUCAGUGAAAAUGACAAACACACAAACAAACACAGAAAAAUAAAAUCUCCUAAAAGGUAAUCCAAGAAUGUGUACAUGCUAAUUCCUAAUGUGGAACAACCCAGAAUGUUAUUUCAAACGUUAAAGCUUGGUACAUCCAAAAUGUAAUGUUUCGAUGGUAAUGUUGAUUGUAUUGUCAUUAUUAUAUCCAAUUGAGAGAAACAUCUGAGUACAAAGUGGUGAAAAUCCAACUACCACAGUUGAAGAAGAAAGUAAAAAGUACUGAAAAGGUGAUACGGUAAAGGUAUCCUUACAAGACACUUAGGCCUUUGGUCAGAAAUUGAAGAAGGAUUUUUUUUAAUGUCUUUUUAAAAGAUGAAUGUACAAUGUUUAUGUACUGUAAAAUAUCAUGAUAAGUGUCAAGUAGCAAAGUCCACAAGAUUGGUGCCUCCUUUCUCCUUGUUACAAGUUACAACUGAGGAAAUGAUUUUGACAUAGACACAAGUGCUACUUUAAAACAAAUUGCAAUUAGAAUAAAAGUGAACUACAGUUAUUUUUUGCCAAAAUUUUCUAUUUCAUGUAAAUUUAAAUGCGUAAUGAUGUAUUAUCGCAAAUAAAUUUUUCAGGCAUUAUGUUUAGUUAUAAGCUGCAGCUGCAUGUGUUAAGGUUAUGUGCAGGUCCUUGUUUGUGAAGUAAGAACAAACAGACAAAAAUUGUCAAGAAUUUAAAGUCAAUACUAAAAAUCUUGAAAUGUUUGCAAUGAUUUUAUCUUCAUGGUUUGCACAGUGAAAUUAUGAUACCAGCACCAUAUGUUUCAUAUUUCCACUGUGGAAGACACCUUUUGCAUUAACCACAAACUUGAAACAUUGCAAAAGCCUCCCUUUUCCUCCUACCCAGAAAUUCACUCCCCACAAAAAUUAAGGAAUUUACGGCAGUCGGCCAUGGACAAGUAGGCACCAUGAUAUGUCUGACAAGCCUUGGACAACUACCGUUAGUGUCUGUUCAUGUCUAUUAUUAAAACAAUACUAUUCACAGUUUUCCAGUCCCACACAUUAAAAAAAGGCCCUUGAAAAUAUUGUGCACAGUGAGGGGCUAGUGGACCAAAGCGAGCAUAAGCCUACUUACAGAAAUACCUGAUGAAUUCCCUGAAGUCUUGGAAACAAACAUACUAUUAGGCUAGCCCCUGAGGUGUCGCCAAAAAAUAUCAAAUGGGUGUUGGUGCUAGAAUUAGAAAUUGUCCUACACUUCAGUAAUCUUGAAAUGUAAUGAAUGUCCUUUUGAGAGAUUGUCUUUGAUCCAGUAACAUAUCUCUGUAUCUUGUACUAUUUCAAAAAUGACAUCUCUUUAACCUUCAUCGCACUAAGGGUGCUACACUGCCCAACAUAUGGUGACCACAUUGUGAACAAGCUCUAACAGAUUGUUAUAGAAUGUAGAAUGCCUUUGAUAUGAGGGCUUGUGUCUCACUUCCUGUUAUAUUCCUUGCAUUGUAUGCAACCAAUCAGACUCCUUGUAUCAAGGGUAGAUGUAUAAGGCAACCAAUCAGAUGCCUUGUAUCAAGGGAACAUAGCAAUUGAGAUGUUUCUUUCACACAGCACUUAUUUGACAUGACAUGACCAAUCAGAAGGCUUGUUUCAUUCAAUGUUUGGUCCAACGGUCACAAUGAUUAGGAAGUUAAGAAACUUGUAAAUUAAGUAGACUUAUAUCAAAUGCUUGCCAAAAAAUAUUUGUCUAACUUACCAAUCUGUAAAAUGCUUUUGAAUAUGACAUUUCUUUAUGGAAUGUUAUUUUACAUGUACAUCUCUACUGACAUAAGUUUCAGACCAUAUAUGAUCAUAUUUUAACAUGAUUUUUUGUAUGAACAUCAAUUGUGAAUGGGCAGUGCCUUUUUACUUAAAAGAGUUCAUUGUAAAAUAUAUUUUUUGUGUUGCAAACUUAUACAGAAUUACAUCUUGAUGUACAUAUUAGUGUAGUAAGUAUGGUUAAUAACAACGUAGUGACUAAGUGUCUGGAUAUUGAGUAUUAGACAGAGAUUGCUUGUCAAAAAAUGUGGGAAUGAAUUAAAAGAUUUUACCGAGAUAUGA